UUAUCAUGAGGAAGAAGAGGAGGAUAUCAACUUUUUUAGUAAAUUAGUAAAGUUUAAGCUUAAAAAAUGUAAAUUGCAAUGAACACAAAGCUGUAAAUAGGGCAAUGCAACUUGAACGCGACCAGCGCGCAAUUCGCAUGUGAGUCGUGGUGAGCGCGGGAAAAAACGCGGAUCGCGGCGGCAGAAGCAACAACAACAACAGACCGUCCGUCGUCUCGUCAGACGUCGAAUAAUAUACAUAUAUCGCAAUAUUCCAAUUGCAAGUGGCAAUUCGAUGAACAAUUCAAGUGCAUUAAUAUCGUUGGCCCGAAGAAUAAGUGAAAGUGAACUGGCAUAAAAUACUAUGGAACAGGUUGACUCCUCUACCGAGCUGCACCUGAAUAGGAAAGAUCUGGCCGCGCUGGCCGAGGAUGUUGUGAAAGAAGAGGUGAUAUUAGAAAGCCCCAGCCAUCACCAUCAUCAUCAUCACCAUCAGUUGGACACCAAGGUUCGCAUGGUCACAUCCUCCUCCAACGACAACAGUGGUAGCGGCGGCGCCAGUGGCGGAACAAGCGGAGCGGGCGGAGGCAACGGCGGUGUGGUUUCGGUGCCCGUAUCCCUGCCCAUCGGAUCGAUGAUAACCGGCACCACCUUUAAUGUGAUCACGCCCGACCAGCUGCCCCACUUCAAGCCGAUGCUGUGCGUCGACAACAAUGGCUACCUGUCCGGCAGCACGGUCAGCAUGGGCAACGACCUUAAGACGAUCGUCAUCCAGCAGCAGACACAACCAGGCGGCGGCGGUGGUGGCGCCAAUAAUGCGGGCACCAAUACGACCGCCACAAAUACGAUUGGACUGAACCACGAUGGAUCCGGAAGCAACAAUAGCCACGACAGCCUGGCCACCUUGGAGCACGCCGCGGGCGGAGCGAGUGGCGUUGGAGGUGGCGGUGGCGGAACGGGUGGUGGCUCCUCGGGCUGGUCGGAGAACCCGUCCACCCAGCACAAUGAGGUCUUCCAAAUCCGCUGCAAAACCACCUGCGCCGAGCUAUACCGCAGCAAACUGGGCUCCGGCGGCCGUGGACGCUGUGUGAAGUACAAGGACAAGUGGCAUACGCCCAGUGAAUUUGAGCAUGUGUGUGGCCGAGGUUCCAGCAAGGACUGGAAGCGCUCCAUCAAGUAUGGCGGCAAAUCGCUGCAGUCCCUCAUCGACGAGGGUACGCUCACGCCGCACGCGACCAACUGCAGCUGCACCGUCUGUUGCGACGACGAAGCAGGUGAGUCAGCUUCCGGACCUAUCCGUCUCUUCACACCGUACAAGCGGCGGAAGCGGAAUCAAACCGAUCUCGAUAUGGAGUCUGGACCCAAACGCAAGCGUAACACCCAUCAUAGUAACAACAACAACAGUAAUACCAAUAACAACAACACGAGCGGGAGCGGCGCCAACAACUGUGUGGAUGUAACUGCAGCUGUGGCUGCUGCUACAGCCAGCGUGGUGGACGAGAACAACAUGUUCCUAUCGGAAGAGAACAUCACGUCCAAGGAUGAGCCGUGGGCAGCGCUUAACGACAGCCUGGACACCUCCACCGAGCUGGUCGACCAGUCGCAAAUGGGCAACACCUAUGAACGGGAAACGUUUGUGGUAAACAUCAACGAUGGAUCCUCCAUCGCCGUCCUGGACACCAGUCAGUCGAUGAAGAACAUCGAACACGUGUACUGCACCAUGGUCAAGGCGACCAAUGACUUCAAACGCCUGCUUAACGACAUGAAGCAGUCCUACGAGCGUCGCCUCGAGGUUCUGCAAAAGGAGCGCGAUGCGGCGGUCAGCGCGAUGCGUGUCCAGGUGCACGCGGACAUCGACGAUCCGAAUAUUUCAGGAUCCCUGCACGGCAACGAGAUCAUUUCGGCUAAGAAGUGCGCCAACUGUAACCGCGAAGCAUUGGCCGAGUGCUCACUGUGUCGAAAGACGCCGUACUGCUCGGAGUUCUGCCAGCGAAAGGAUUGGAAUGCUCACCAGGUGGAGUGCACAAGGAAUCCACAAACGACAACGCAGCAGGUCAUGCUGUUGAUCGACGAUCAGUCCUAAGCAACGUAACGAAUUGUACAUACAAAUUUUACUACUAAUUAAUACGAUUAUAGGAAGUUCCCCUAAAGUCCUUGCAGAUCGAACCAGGUCAUCCACCUGUAGUCCUGUAAUCCACUCCCACUCCUUUCCCCCUCGACGCCCAAUCCACAUUAGCAAUCCUGCAACCUCUUAGACGUAUGUCCUACAUUAAUGUAAUUCUUAACGUACAUAUAACUAUAUAAAUAUAUAUACAUUUUACUAUUGAACGUAGGGCAAGCCAGCAAAGAAAAAAAAAAACAAAAAACAAGCGAAACGAAAAUAAAAUUAAUUAAAAAAAGAGUAAAAUGUAGCAAGCGAAAAUCAAAGCAAGUGCAAAGGCGUAGAGAAUUAAGCUACAAUAUGGAAGUAAAAAGUAAAGAAAAACUAAACCGAUUACUUGUAAUUCAAUUUAAAUUAAAUUAAUUUAAUAAUAGUUGCAAAGCGCAUAGCAUAACUAACGAGAGACCCCCAAACAUCCAACCACCCCACUCCCCGCGCCCCAUUCAAAACACACAAUCGACAGUGAAAAACAACUAGAUAAAACCUAAGCAAAGAUAAAAAAUUUCUGAAAUUACCAUACAUAUUCGUCGAUGUAUACACUUUUCAUUAGACUCUAAGCGCAUAGUUAAACUUUUAACAUUAUACCAUUAUAAUUUUAUGGAUACUACUGCCCGUUACAAGCAUCCAAUAAAGAUUUCAAACAAACAAGCUAAAUAAAUCAACAGUACGAAGUAAA